GUGGAGCCGGAGGAGGAGGGGCGAGGAGGCGAAGGGUGGGGAGAGGGGCGCCCCGCUUCCUCGCCAAGUGCCAGUCCUUGGAAGUUGCCCCUUGGUUUUUAACCCUUUAGGGGUAGUGGGAAGGACGUGCAAGGGGGAAGUGGAUACCUGGGGGUAAACUCCUACUGGGGCCAGGACGUGCAGCCAUCCACCCACCCACCCAUCACUGCGUUCCCUACCCCCCGGAAAUGCGGGUCAGAGCUGGGCGCCAGAAGGCACUCGGGCGGGGGGAGGGGGCGACGAACCCGUGAGGGACCCUCUCUACGGACCGCCCCUCCUUCUUGAGGUCGCCCACAAUUUCAAGUUUCCCCCGCCUGGGAUGUUAGUUUCCAUCUGCUGUGGGUGGGGGAGGAGAGCCGCGCCCCCUCCCCCAGACUCGCGCGCGCCCCUCCCCUCCGCUCCUGCCAGCACUUUCUGCUCACUUCUGGCGCUGCAAAACGCCACGCGAUUUAUUCGUUUCGCAUUUUAAAACCAGCGAUUCAUGGGCAGGGCCUAGAGCGAGGGUCUUCCAGCGCUGGAACCCCGGGAGGCGGGGUGCUCAGUGCAAACCUCGUUCCCUCCGCGAGUGUCGCCUUCAGGCUGUUAUUUGCAAAGAAACGUCUUUUUGACGCAGGGAGAAAUGGCAAAUUUUAAGUACGUCAUUAAUAUGGCGCCAAAAGAUUUUUUUAAGUAUAAGCUUGCUUUUUUUUUUUUUUUUAAAGGUUGCGGGGGGCGCCGCCCGGGUCUGGGGCGCGAAGGGGGCGGGGUGUGAGCAGAAAGUGUGAGUGAGAGAGUGGAGGGGCGGGGUAUGUGUGUGAGUGUGUGAAGUGUGAGCAGACCUGAUGGGACUUGCACGGGCGCAGCCGCCGCUUGGGCCCGGCCCUGGGGACGGGGCGGGCUGGGGGCGCCCCAGAGCCCGUGGGGAGUCCAGGCCCGAGGUGCAGGCAAGAGGGCGGCCCGGCAGGGUACCCUCCCCCCGGAGGCCUGCAACGCUACCUGAACCCGCAGCUGAAGCCAAACAACUGGGCGGGGGGGGGGGGGGGCGACGGGGGGGGGGUGUCAGGAGUGGAAAUCCGACUGAAUAAGAAAAAAGUGGCUACUCCCCCUCCCUCGCUCCUCCCGCCCGCCCCCACCCCACCCCCACCCCAACACAUUUUUUUUUUCUAAAGAGAUCACAAGGAAGUCUUGGUUUAAAAAGAAACAGAAACAUACACAGGGGGGUUGGUGAAUGGUGCCGACCGCGGCCAUCGCAGUUGGAGGCUAUUUGGGGGGGGUGGGUGAGAAGCGUCCAUGGAGUUACUUUGCGCCCACUCCUAGCGGCAAGGGCUUAGGUCCGGCGGGCUCACUGUCCCCAGCCGGGGUGUGGUGUCGGGGACCCCACGGGCCCGGCCGCCUCCCUCGCCACGACCCCGGAUGGAUGCGCGCCCCCCGCCCGCCUGCGCCGGCCCCAGGAGCUCCGGAUUUCAGGAGCAUCCUUCCCACGCCGGCCCCAGCCGCGGCGCGUAGCCGGGGGUAGCACCCCUCGGAAGGGCACCACGGAGCAAGGCUAGGCCGCAGAGCCAGCUCCCUUCUCUGAAGAAGGGGUCAGAAGGUCCCUGCAGCUGCCAGCGGGCAGCCAUCCAUGGGAGCAAGUGGACUGAGCUUUGCCCUCUCUGAGGUGGAGGGUAGGGUGCGAAGGUGCUGAAGGACAAAGUAGACAAAGCCCUUUUCUCUCUCCCAGGAUCCCCUUGUGCUGCUGCUUUUAUGCUAUUGGAGAGCCUGGCUUGCAAGUGCCUCUGCUGGAAAUGAAAAGAAAUGCAAUUCACGUAGAGGAUUUCUCCUUACCAGGAGAAAACAGAUGGAAGAGAAGAGGCGAAAGUACUCCAUCAGCAGCGACAACUCUGACACCACCGACAGUCACGCUACAUCUGCAUCAAGAUGCUCCAAACUGCCCAGCAGCACCAAAUCGGGCUGGCCCCGGCAGAACGAAAAGAAGCCCUCAGAGGUGUUCCGGACAGACUUGAUCACCGCCAUGAAGAUCCCAGACUCAUACCAGCUCAGUCCGGAUGACUACUAUAUCCUGGCAGACCCAUGGCGACAGGAAUGGGAGAAAGGUGUGCAGGUGCCUGCCGGGGCAGAGGCCAUUCCAGAGCCCGUGGUGAGGAUUCUCCCGCCAUUGGAAGGCCCGCUUACCCAGGUGUCCCCUAGCGGCUCCGAACUUGGUGAGGGCUCCCAGCCUGAUUGGCCAGGGGGCAGCCGCUAUGACCUGGACGAGAUUGACGCCUACUGGCUGGAACUCAUCAACUCGGAGCUCAAGGAGAUGGAGAGGCCAGAGCUGGAUGAACUGACACUCGAGCGCGUGCUAGAGGAGCUGGAGACGCUGUGCCACCAGAACAUGGCACGGGCCAUCGAGACGCAGGAGGGGCUGGGCAUCGAGUACGAUGAGGAUGUCGUCUGUGAUGUGUGCCGCUCUCCCGAGGGUGAAGAUGGCAACGAGAUGGUCUUCUGCGACAAGUGCAACGUCUGUGUGCACCAGGCAUGCUACGGGAUCCUCAAGGUGCCCACGGGCAGCUGGCUGUGCCGCACGUGUGCCCUGGGUGUCCAGCCGAAGUGCCUGCUCUGCCCCAAGCGAGGAGGAGCCUUGAAGCCCACGAGAAGUGGGACCAAGUGGGUGCACGUCAGCUGCGCUCUGUGGAUUCCUGAGGUCAGCAUCGGGUGCCCCGAGAAGAUGGAGCCCAUCACCAAGAUCUCGCAUAUCCCAGCCAGCCGCUGGGCUCUGUCCUGCAGCCUCUGCAAGGAGUGCACGGGCACCUGCAUCCAGUGUUCCAUGCCUUCCUGUGUCACGGCAUUCCAUGUCACAUGCGCCUUUGAUCACAGCCUGGAAAUGAGGACUAUAUUAGCAGACAAUGACGAGGUCAAGUUCAAGUCGUUCUGCCAGGAGCACAGUGACGGGGGCCCACGGGGUGAAGCCACGUCUGAGCCCGUGGAGCCCAGUCCAGCCAGCGAGGACCUGGAGAAGGUGACCCUACGUAAGCAGCGGCUACAGCAGCUGGAGGAAGACUUCUACGAGCUGGUGGAGCCGGCCGAGGUGGCUGAGCGCCUGGACCUGGCUGAGACUCUGGUUGACUUCAUCUACCAGUACUGGAAGCUGAAGAGGAAAGCCAAUGCCAACCAGCCACUGUUGACGCCCAAGACAGACGAGGUGGACAACCUGGCCCAGCAGGAGCAGGACGUCCUCUACCGCCGCCUGAAGCUCUUCACACACCUGCGGCAGGACCUGGAGAGAGUUAGAAAUCUGUGCUACAUGGUGACAAGGCGCGAGAGAACGAAACACGCCAUCUGCAAGCUCCAGGAGCAGAUAUUCCACCUGCAGAUGAAACUUAUUGAACAGGAUCUGUGUCGAGAGCGAUCUGGGAGGAGAGCAAAGGGCAAGAAGAGCGACUCAAAAAGGAAAGGCCGUGAGGGUCCAAAGGGCAGCCCCGAGAAGAAAGAGAAAGUGAAGUCCGACUCAGUCCUGGGGCAGCUUGGCCUGUCCACCUCUUUCCCCAUCGAUGGCACCUUCUUCAACAGCUGGCUGGCGCAGUCGGUGCAGAUCACAGCAGAGAACAUGGCCAUGAGCGAGUGGUCACUAAACAACGGGCACCGCGAGGACCCCGCUCCGGGGCUGCUUUCAGAGGAGCUGCUGCAGGACGAGGAGACGCUGCUGAGCUUCAUGCGGGACCCCUCGCUGCGACCUGGCGACCCUGCCAGGAAGGCGCGCAGCCGCACGCGCCUGCCUGCCAAGAAGAAACCAGCACAGGAUGGGCCCGGUUCACGGACGACUCCAGACAAACCCCCCAAGAAGCCCUGGGCCCAGGAUGCGGGCAGUGGCAAGGGGGGUCAGGGGCCGCCUGCCAGGAAGCCCCCCCGGCGAACACCUUCUCACCUGCCGUCCAGCCCUGCAGCCGGGGACUGUCCCAUCCCAGCAGCGCCCGAGAGCCCCCCACCGCGGGCUGCCGAGGCCCCAGACGAGGCAGCCCCCGCGGCUGCCGACUCGAAUAUCCAAGUGCCUGGCCCGACGGCAGGUCCCAAGCCCUCAGGACGGCUCCGGCCGCCCCGUGAGAGCAAGGGAACCCGGAGAUCGCCAGGUGCCGGGCCUGAUGCCGGGACAGGACCGCCUUCUGCUGCGGCUGAGAGGCCAAAGGUCAGCCUACACUUUGACACUGAGACUGAUGGCUACUUCUCUGAUGGGGAGAUGAGCGACUCAGAUGUGGAGGCCGAGGACAGUGGGGUUCAGCGGGGUGCCCGGGAAGCAGGGGCUGAGGAGGUGGUCCGCAUGGGGGUACUGGCCUCCUAAGUCACCCCUGCCCCUGUCCUAGGCCCUGUCCUGGUCCCCCCACAAGGCCUCAGCCCAGUCACAACUGCCAUUUCCAAUCUCUGCUGAGUGUCUCAGACCCUCGAGGCUGCCACUCUGUUGUGGUUUUAUUUUUAAUAUAAAGAGUUUCGAAUUCCACACUAUUGUCUUUCCUCUGUGCUGGCCUAGGACAUUAGGAUUCCUUCCACGGCUCUGGCCACAAGGAUCGCAGCAGGUCCUGGGAACCAUCCCUGCCGCGGCAGCAUCCCUGCCCGGCCCACGCGGUAUUGCUGGGCUCCUGGCUACAUGUAGGCAAGGUGAAGAAGAGCUCGGGACUCCAGCCCGCUGCCAUUGGGUGACACAGACUGUUGUUUGGGCAUUAUUAUGGCAGAUGGGCCAGCCCAGGGCCUGCCCCGCCUUGCCCCCAAAUCUCACUGGGGUCCAUUUGGGGGGUCCUGCUGCACUCCACUGAUCCCCAAGGAAGUAGAAUAAGGGAUACCCAGCCAGAGUCUACUCACUGUCACAAGCACAACGAGCUUAUACGAGAAAGCACUGAGAGGGCGAAGAGGGCCCGCUGGUUCCAAGGGAACCACAGCCGUUCCUGAUCAACCCACAUCAUCUGAGGCCUGCCCGCCCACCCCGCGACCCUCCACUCCCUUGCUGCUCUGUCCCUGCCAGUGCCCAGCCUGGCAGCUCUGGGAAGGGCUGCCCAGAAUCCUUCCUGAGCUGUGCCAUUUUCUCAGGGGACUCCCAGACAGCCAGCCGCCCGCGCCGGCGGAGGGCUGCGAGGGAGGGCCAGUGCCCAGACAGGGGCGUGGGGCUCAGACUCGCCCACUGCAAAGAAUCGCUCUGGGACUCCAACUUCCUUCCUUCCUUCGGGGCCAGUCUCGGCUGAGGUCUGAUCACUCCGAGACAGCCGACCAGACCCGACCGUUUGCCUUUUCAAGUUUCCCAGUCCUGCUAAGAGAUGAGCUUCUUCCUUGGUUUCCUCUUGGAAACUCCUCCUUCCAACAAGCAGUGGGAUCCCGGGGCCCAGGAUGGGUCAGUGAUGGCCUGCUGGGGCUGUUUUAAGUCUUGCUGGAUCUUCCUGGUUCCUCUUGCCCUCGGAACCUUAACCCCCUUUCCCAGCCGUCCCCUCCCUUCUCACCCUCACCGUCCUCCUUCCCCACCCAACCCUCUAGGUCCCAGGGAGUAGCUCUGAAGAGUUUCAGUGGAGUGGCCUCAGGGAACAAAUGAAAAAAGGAAUUCAGUGAAAGCAUGUUUUUUUUUCUUUUAUGAAUUACUCCUGGGUCACUUCUGCCACUGGUAAAGCCAGAACUUCACCAACAAGAACCUUGCAAAAGUCCAGUGAAUCAGUCGAAUCAUUUUGUGGAUGCCAAAGAAUAUUUUGACCAUAAUACAGCACAGCCUGGACCUGACAACUUGUCACUUGGACUUUUCUUUUUUUUAAUGGAGUUCUUUAGCAACCAAGCGUAGAAACAUGUUCAUUGCACACACCCAAGAAGGCGAGCCCAAGCUCUUGGAUGAGGAUGCUGUCCUGCUGCUGGUGUUGGAUUUCAGAUCCUGGGCUGGGCCCACUGGGAGCUCUCCUGACCUCGGAGGCUCACUGUGGGAGGAGACUGAUGGCAAAACCAGCGUGGCAAAAGUC